AUGUUUUUAGUUUGUAUGCUUAUCAUUUUGGGUCCCAGGGAGCUUCGACAAGCUGAAACAUUAGCAAAAAUUCAAAGAGAUCUCUCAGUAGAAUUAGCUACAGACCUCAAACAGACUGAAGACCAUCAAGAAGUGUGGUCGAAUUUGAUUCACAAAUAUUUCGAAAGACACGAAAAAGUCUUUCUUGAAGCAGUCGGAGCUGGUUUCGGAGAAGGAGGCGGCGGAAACAUUUGGACGUAUCCUGGAUGUGUUCUCUUUGCUGUUUCUCUUCUUACAACAUUGGGUUUCGGCGCCCCAGUACCGAGAACACCUCUAGGACGAGGAACAGCUGUAAUAUUUGCAGCAAUAGGAAUUCCUCUUCAUUUUCUGUUAAUCUUAAACAUGGGUAAUUUAGGUGCCAUCAGACUUCAACAGCUGGCGUAUCGGAACUGCCUUACGGAAAUACCUCCAACUCCUAAACCUAAAUGGUUACAAUACUUCCCUUUUCUCUCUAUCGUAGUUUAUUAUAUACUUGUGGUCGCUUGA